CCUGGUUUUUUAACAGUGAAGAUUGGAGGAAAUUUCCUUUCCCCGUAUCGCACCAAAACGGGUGAACUCUUGAAUAUGUAUUUCAGUUAUUGACUGAUUAUAUCCUAGAUAGUAGCAGAGUACCGCACAACAGCAAUGAUAAAUACGGUAUUGUCUGUCCGGCGGCAAUGGUGGUGGUUUGUAUUUUUCUUUAAUUUAAUUCUCCGAUAAUCUGUGUAUAUGGUGUACAAUCGGGUUCAUGACUCUUUUUUUUUUAAAAAAAAUGGUAAAUAGAGCCGGACCUUAUUCAUGCGGGCUUUCUAAACUGGGCGACCCAAUUUUCUUAUACAUGUCCAUCCCUAACGCAAAAUCUCAAUCACAAAGACUCGGAGACCGUCGACGGAAUCUGAUUCUGGCCUGGGGGUCCUUGUUCUCCCUCGAUCUAAACCCAUUCAAGCAAAGGAUCAAGGAAGGCCAGGAACAAACGCCGGCGUUCAGACAGAUUUCAGGAACCCGACCAAUAACACCUCAACCAGCGACUACUGAAGACAUCCAAAACUAAGCAAAAUCAGCGCGAAACAACAAACCCUCAAAGAAAUGGCGGAGAAAUUGGCUCCGGAAAAGCGCCACAACUUUGUCCACAACGGUCUGAAAGUGUUUGAGUGGGAUCAGACUAUUGAGGAGGUAAAUAUUUACAUUAAUUUACCUCCCGAUGUUCCCACGAAGCUGUUCUUCUGCAAGAUUCAGUCCAAGCAUGUCGAAGUCAGCAUCAAAGGCAACCCCCCUUACCUCAAUCAUGACCUCACGUGUCCGGUGAAGACUGAUUCUUCUUUCUGGACUAUAGAGGAUGACACAAUGCACAUAACCUUGCAAAAGAGGGACAAGGGUCAGACAUGGCCUUCCCCUAUAUUGGGUCAGGGUCAGCUUGAUCCUUACUCAACUGAUCUUGAGCAAAAGCGUCUUAUGCUGCAGAGGUUCCAAGAAGAGAACCCUGGUUUUGAUUUCUCUCAAGCUCAGUUUAGUGGGAGCUGUCCUGAUCCUAGGACCUUUAUGGGCGGGAUCUGAUCUGGUUGACGAUCAUGGUGUGCUGCAAUAAGGACCUCGGUUAGCAUGCACAUAUUUCUCAACCAUCUUGUAGUAAAUAAAACAACUACUGUUCCUGUUGUCCCUUGAUAGUAUAGCUGCAUUCUCUGAACUAACAAUAUUAACUUCAUAUGAUGCGUUUUUACUUGUGUUUGGCUGUCCUAUCUGAAAUGUAAAAAGUAAACAAUUAAACUGUUUUGCUUUUCUCUUUCCAAUUUCAGCUGCCUUUCUGUCU